AGAAGAGUACACUUUUAAAAAUCUUUUACACCUUUGAAUGUUAUCCACGCGCAACUUUAAGGAGCAAAACAUAAAUAUGGCCUAAAUAUAAACAACGGAUGCGAAGAAAUUUCGCAAGCUGGGGAAGUGUUCUCGGGGACGUAUUGCGUGGUUGUUAUGGUAACCUCAACACGCCAUUCAACCAACCAGAAAUAAAUCUGUGAUUGGGUUUUGCUAACAUCAACUGUAAUUAAACGACAUGGCAUAUGGUCUUGUAGCUUUGUGGGACGAAGGGACGGAGUCUUGAAGACGUGCGCGGAAACUCAAGAUACUCAAAAUGAAUCUAUCUGAGCAGCAGGAUAGCAGGCCUCCCAGUAAAGGAGAAGUGGAGUUGGAAGAAAAUGAGGAGGAGGAGGAGAGAACAGAGGAGGAAGCCCCUUUAUUGGCCCUUGCACCUGAUGCUUCGCUCCCAGAAGAAAAGACCUCUGCGAGUACUGAUGUUUCUGCUAGUACUGCUUUCCAGUGCCUAGAUGAGUUGUUGUCUUUGGGCAAGAUCAGCCAGACCAAAGUGGCCAAACUGAAAGCCAGCUACAGGCUACUGCAUAACACUCUGAAGCGUACCCAGGACUCUGAGAUCCAACGUUUGGGAGAGGCAAAGAGGUGUCGUGCUGAGCUGGAGAGGCUGCAGGCUGAGUUGGAGAGGACGGAGGAGCAGAGCACCUCUGAGGAGCCUGAAACUGAGGUCAAUGAACUGAGGCAAAAGCUCCUCCAGGCAUAUAAUGAACUGAAAGCUUCUGAGGACAGAGAGUACAAGACACAACACCAACUGAAGUGUCUCUGGGAAGAGAAGCAGUAUCUGGAGAGAGAGAAUGAGAUUCAGCCGAAACCUGCUGAGCUGGAGAGUAGAACAAAAGCCCUGCAGGAUAAAUAUGAGGAUCUGAAGAAAGAGGUGGCCCAGAGACAACAGGAAGUCAGGAGUCUGAUGGAAGAUGUGGAAACCCAUGAAACUCUAAUAUUGAAAGAACAGAGAGAGCUGGAGGACCAGAAAGGGAUCAUAGAGCUCAAAGAGGCUGAGAAAGCCCGUCUCAUCGGCGUACCUGACCAGAUUUUAGAGAAGACUGAAGGGAAACGCUCUAAGAGGGAGGCUGCAAUGAAGAAAAUAGAAGCACUAAACACAGAGAUUUCAGAAAUGGAGCAGCAAGUGAAGGAGGUGGAAGAGUGUAAUCAGUCCCUCAGGAUGAAGAAGAAGGAGGUGAUGCAGGAACUGGAUGCUCUCCAGGCCCAAGUAGAGGCUGGUCAGACGAAGUGCAGAGGGCUGCUGAAAGAACAGGAGAUCAACAGGGAGGAGGAGGCUGAAUUCAUUGGCAGCAGAGGUAUCCUGGAAAUGAAGCUGCAGAACAUCAGGUGUGACAGACAGCACCUGUAUGAGAGCCAAUCUGUGCAGCUGAGAGAGAAAAAUAGGCAGAUGCAAGCCCUCAAGAGAAUGGAGCAUGCAUUGACCAUGGCUACUGAGCAGCUAGAACACAUGCAAUCUAUCUACAAUGAAUUACAGGCAAAGUUGGAUGCUGUUCCCAAAAGAGAGGCCAGUAUUCAGCAGAGGAUGGAGCUUCAGAAAGAGGUGGAUGCUCUCAAAGUCAGCUUUGAAAAACAGCUAUCAGUGGCUGAGGAGGAGAGCCAGAAAAAGCAGCAGUAUGGGAUGAUUCAGGAGCUGCUGAGGGAGUCAAACCACCUCAGAGAAGAACUCCAUAACCUCAGAUGUCUGAGACAGAUCAAAGCCGAGGAGAGGGGCCAGAAGCACCGUGAACUGCUUAGAGCUGAGCAACUGAACCAGCUUAUUCAGCACGAGCUGCAUGAGAAAGACCUGAUCAUCAUGGAACAUAACAAGCUGAAUACUAUGCUACAGCGCAGAAUAUUACAGUAUUCUAAACUGUGCGACAUGAUUAUGCAAGAGAAGAUUAAGUACUUCGAGCUGAAGCAGAUCGCCUCACAGUCUAUCACAGAGCUGACAGAGCAGGUUAAAGUCCUGGAAAACGAGAUGGCGAUCCAACGCACCAUUGUCGUCAACAAGGACAGAUCACUCACAAAAGCUCGUAUGAGGCUCUCUAGUAGCUCCAAAAUGAGGGACAAAUUGCGUAAUGACAUCUCCAAGGUGGCAUGGAAGCACAGUCAGAUCAGUCAGCAGAGUGAGAACAACAAACUGGAGUUGGUCAAACUCACACAAAUGAUCAACCUCCAGGAGCAGGCGCUUCUGGAAAUUAGCAAGAAUCAUGAGACUGCAAUACAGCGCCGCAAUUUUCUUGGCAUUCAGCUCCUGGAGCAUGAGGAGGUGUUGUUCAACUACUACGAGAAGGUGAACAUCCAAGAGGCGGCCAUCACUAAGGGCAACAUGGCCCUGGAGACAAUGGAGAAGGAGAUGCGAGACUUGCAGUUAGCCAUCAACGAGGAGAAGAGACAGAUAGACCUGAAGAAGAAGGAGGUGCCCCUCAAGAGAAAGCUGGAGGGAGAGGUCACCAUGUUGCAGAUAGAGCUUUCAGAAGCCAGGGACAGGACACUUGAAGGUCUGAAUCGAACAGUGGAUUACAGAGAGCUAAAAGGCAAAGACCCAUCAACUGUAGAACUGGUCAAGAAAAUCGAGCAGCUCGACGUGAGUCUAGCCGAACGCGAGAGGCAGCUGCUGGAAAAAGAGCUCCUCGUGCACCAGGUGACCCGGCUCUCAAAGCCACUCAGCAAGCAGGCAAAGAACUGCCAACAGGACAGACUCUCACUGGGAAAGAAGUUGAACGAUCUCCGAACUCAUAUAAUCAACACCAACAGCCGACUGAUGGCGGUUUCUGCGGAACUUUCCAUGAAGCAAGCUACUGCUUUGUCUCAACAACAAGAGAUCAAAGAGAAAGAGCUCCAGAUGGACAGGUGCCAGCGGCGGCUGGAGCAGGGCCUGCCACCCUGCCCUGAGAUAGAGGAGGAGUGGAGGAGGAUGCUCCGGGACAAGAAGCGGAGGCAGAGGGACAAAGAGGAGAGAGAGAAGCUGGCUGAAGACCAAGAGUGGAACCAGUUGCCUAACGGAGAGUACACCACAGCUGAAACCCGUCCCAACGCAUACAUCCCCCAGACCGACCCACUCCCUCUGCCCAAACCCUAUGGAGCCCAGGCCCCCUUCAAACCCUCCCAACCAGGAGCCAACAUGAGACACAUCCGCAAACCUACACUCAAAUCCUUAGAGAUAUAGGAACAAUAUACAUAUGUGCACAUUAAGGCUACUGCAUAUUCAUGAAGUUGAGGCUGUCAGUUUGGGGCAGGUUUUUAAUCAAAAUCCAGUAGAAAUUCAAAAACAAAUGAGAAAUUAAUUUUUCAGAAUACUUUCUAGAGCAUUUUUCAGGGAUUUGGCUCAUUCCAGUCACACAUUUAUUGAUCUAUCUGCUCCUUCUCCCUCCACCUCUCUGCUUUUUGUGUAUGUUUUCAUCCUAACUGUUCAGCAUACCACUGCUGUUUUUGUUGUGUGUGUGUGUGUGUGUGUGUGUGUGUGUGUGUGU